GCAUUGGAUGGUGUGUAAAAAUGAAAGUGGACAAAUACUCUGGGACGGAGGGAGUAGCAGUUUAUUCAUUUUGAAAUAUAAUUCUAAAAUAUUAAGGAGUAUAUUUUUAUAAGGAGUUGAGCGGUUCUAAUGACAUUGGUUAGCAAACUCAGCUUCAGCUUUCCGUCGUCUUCAACCAAUCUUCAAUCCGUAUCUGGGGCUGCGCCGCCCACCGUUGCUCCAUCAAUGGGUUCAAUGUUCGGUGACUGGCCGUCUUUUGACCCUCACAACUUCACACAGCUCCGGCCUUCCGAUCCAUCUGCCCCCUCCAGAAUAACACCAGCAACUUACUGUCCUACUCAUGAUCGGACACUACCAUCACCGGAUCAAGUUAUUUGUUCAGAACCCAAAAACAUAUUUAUAAGACACUUAUACCAACAUGGCGCCGAGAAGAUGAGACCGAAGAGGGCUGCUUCUGAAAAUCUUGCACCAGAGCAUGGAUCUAAGGUUCCCAAGUCUUCCCAUUCAGACAUAUCUUUCUAAACCUGAUGCUUUCGUUUUUUUUGUAAUUAAAAACAUGUAUUUGUAUAUAUUUUUGCCGAUACAUAGGCGUACUUUCGUGCGUGUUCAUUGUUGUAAAACAAAACACUGAGCUUAUA